AUGCUGACUGGUCUCGUACACACUUCUGGUUACCUUGAUGACGUUGUUGUUGGUGGCAUCAACGACGAAGAUCACAGGAAAAAUUUGCGUGCAGUUUUCCAAAGAUUCGAGGAGUUUGGUUUUACGAUCCGAGCAGAAAAGUGUUCGUUCGGGAAAAGUCAAAUCCGAUACCUGGGUCACCUCCUCGAUCGUCACGGGCUCCGACCAGAUCCAGCUAAGAUCGAAACGAUCCUCAAGUUACCUGCUCCUGCUGACGUUAGUGGUGUGAGAUCGUUCCUUGGAGCGCUGAAUUAUUACGGGAAGUUCGUCCCAAAUAUGCGCACUUUGAGAUACCCGAUGGACGAACUACUCAAGGAAGGUGUCGAAUUCCGGUGGACAACCGAUUGCCAACGUUCUUUUGAUCGGUUCAAGGAGAUUCUCAGCUCGGAUUUGUUAUUAACUCACUACGAUCCGACGCUUGAGAUUAUUGUAUCCGCUGAUGCAUCGUCCGUAGGUGUCGGUGCAACGAUUAGCCACAAAUUCCCGGAUGGUAAAAUCAAAGUGGUUCAGCACGCUGCUCGUGCUCUCACCAAAGCGGAACAAGGGUACAGUCAGCCGGAUCGAGAGGGGUUAGCUAUCAUUUUCGCCAUAACCAAGUUUCAUAAAAUGGUUUUUGGCCGGAAAUUUCGCUUGCAAACGGAUCAUGCUCCACUUCUCCGCAUCUUCGGCUCUAAAAAGGGCAUCCCAGUGUACACAGCAAACCGUCUACAGCGUUGGGCUCUCACUUUAUUGUUGUACGAUUUUGUGAUCGAGCACGUAUCAACCGAAAAGUUCGGACAUGCAGAUGUCUUAUCGCGGCUCAUUGACAACCACGCAAAGCCGGAUGAAGACUACGUCAUCGCAAACGUCACCUUGGAAACCGAUAUCAGGUCAGUCGUACAUGACGCUACUAAUGCUCUCCCUCUUAGUUUCAAGGUUAUUGAGAAGGACACCCAAUCUGAUCCCGAGCUCCGUAAGGUAUUCCGGUACGUGAAAGACGGUUGGCCACCAGACGCUGGCACUACAGAUCCGGAAAUAAAGCGCUAUUUUUCUCGUCGUGAUUCGUUGACCACCUUCGACGAGUGUAUUUUAUUCGCCGAGCGCUUGGUCAUUCCGGAAAGACACCGAAACCGUUGUUUGAAACAGCUACACCUGGGACACCCAGGAAUCCAGCGUAUGAAGGCCAUCGCCAGGAGCUAUCCCAAGCAACAUUUUAAACUCCUGAUGGUUUUAUAG